UCUCGGAGCAGCGGGCUGUGAUGGCGGUGUCUCCGCUGCUGCUGCUGGAGCUGGCUCUCUACACCAGCUGCUUUGUUUGUGGGAUCGUCACCGCCGCGUCUCUCACCAUCGUCCAGGGAGCGCAUGUGGAUGAACCUGAUCCUGGUCAUUUCUGGCAUCUUCCUGUUUUUCCUGCUCGUCACGGGCUGCGUGCUGAAGGUCGGGCGCGAUUCGCUCUGCGCCUCCAUUAAGAAAGCGCUUGAAACCAUUAGCAGCUGUGACCAAGCGCAGAGUAAAAAAUGGGCUGAUCCAAUUCAAGGAGAUAAGUUCUACAACAAUCUUCACAAAGCAGAGACGGCGGUUUGGGUCAACUUCUUCCUCUGGCUUGUCAUCGUGGUUUCGGUGUUCAUUCAGCGGUGCCGGAGCUCCGAGGCUAUGUUGACCGUGGCACCAGCCGGAGCGCUGUUCGGCGACUCGUCAACCACUGUUGAGGAAACAAAGCCAUUUUUCAACCAACCCGCGGGUCCGUAAUGAAGUUCCAGAAACCCAAACGGUAGCUCGAAAUCAAUCAUCUCGAAACGGUAGAAAUUGUAAAUAUACCCUGCAGCUUUAAAAAAAGAUCGGCUACAAACAAAACUGCAGUUUGUGAUUUCAGGCCGCAUAAUCCAAAGAUUUAAAUGCGACCCGUGUUUCCUCAUUUAGCACAUCUCGCUUCACUAAAACUACUUGAGGUAAAUGCUGUUUUCUGUUUGUUUAAACAGCCAACAGGGAAAAUGAUUUUACAGCUUCAGUUUUCAGUGAGAAGGGCUCAUAUGAAACAAAUAUUUUUGUGUUUCAAGUAUUAAAAGAAGCACAAAACAAGUUGAUGUGUAACUGAGAUGUUUGCUGAUGAUUUUGUCCUUAAAUAAGUCAAAGUAGAAAUGACGGAUAUGCCUCUGAUGUCCGGGUGGAACAUAAACACAGACUGUGUCUCCCUCUGGUGGCCUUUUUUUAAACUAAUUUGUAACCAGAAUAUUGUGCCAAGUGGAUCUGCCUGCUUGUGUGUGUUUGUUGAUUUGUCUGUCUGUUAGUAAAAUAUCUCAUGAACCACUAGAUGGACUUCAGUGAAAGUGAGAGUAACCAUUGGAUCUACAACUGAUUAACCUUUAGUUGGCUAUAUUAAAGAUGGCUGCCACAGCUAUUGGCAAACACAAAGAUACAUGUCUGUGAUGUCAUGUCAUGUUUCAGAUAUUCAGCUAAAAGUAGGUGUGGUAGUAGCUGAGAGUCAUUCCCAACACAAACUGUUUAUGAUAAAAAUGAUGGUUGGUGGUGAGCGAUUAGCGCUCCAUCAAAGAACGUUGGUUUAAUUUUAUGAAGUAUUUAAAGAAACCUGUAUGUGGACGGGUGCUUUGUGUGUUAUACGGUCUUUUUAUAAAAUUUAAUAAAGUUUUAACUC